AUGGUGAGCAGUAUUUCUUCUUCGAUGAAAGAUGUUGUACAUAUUUUUCCAGUAAGGCAUAUUGUUGCAGCCCAAUUGUUUAGUUUAAUAAAAAAGAUAGUUUUGGGACUGGAAAACAUUGGCUUUGAUGUGUUAGGUGUUGUUACAGACAACAAUUCAAUCAAUCGUAAAGCUAUGUCUUCUUUCAGUGAUCCUCCAAAAUUUCAAGUUAUGUAUUCACAUCCAGCUAACGACUCCAGAUUUCUUUACUAUCUUAUUGAUACAGUUCAUUUAAUGAAAUCUAUCCGAAACAAUUGGUUUAAUCAAAAGAAUGGUAAUUUUAUGUAUUAUCCUCCAUUUGAAGGUGGAGAUAAAUUUCAAACUGCUUCACUUGAUGUGUUGAGGAAGAUGUAUGAAAUUGAGUCCAAACAGUUACUGAAGUUUGGUUAUGGUCUCACGCGAAAGGCUCUUUGGCCGACGAAUUUAGAAAGGCAGAAUGUUGGUCUUGCUUUAAAGAUAUUUAACAGAAAUCUGGUUCAAGGAAUAUUACAGUUGGGAGAAAAAUAUAAUCUACCACAUUAUCAAGAAACUGCAAACUUUAUUGACAUAUUUUGUAAUUGGUGGGACAUUGUUAAUGUCAAAUCUUCUUUUAAAGGUAAAUUUAAAAGAAACCCCAUGUGUGAACCAAUUACUAACUCUCCUGAUGAUGUAAAAAAAAUAUUUUUGAAAAAAUUUAUAAGUUGGUUAGACAAGUGGGAAGCAAUGAAUGCUGAUAAUGGGAGACUCAGUAGAGAAACACAUUCAGCUUUACGUCACACAACACAGGCUUUUUUAAGUUUAACAGAAUAUUGCUCUAAUCAUCUAAAUAUGUCAUAUUUAUUAUUAGGGAAAAUUCAGACCGAUAAGCUAGAAUCACGAUUUGGCCAAUACAGAAGCUUAUCUGGUGAUCAAUAUCAUGUAUCUAUCCGUCAACUUUAUGAAGCAGAAAAUAAACUUCGCAUAAGCAGGGAAUUAAAGCUUACAUCUCAUACUUCUGGCAGUUUCAAUGUAAAUAUAUUUGAUGACUCUGAUUUCGAUGAAACAGCAGACACCAAAGACAGUAUUGAGGAGUUAUUUGAAGAAAUUGAAGUAAUGGAUUCUGAUAUAGAUAAAGUAGCCGAUUUGUUGCCUAUUAUUACAUAUUUAGCAGGCUAUUGUGCACACGCUGUUCUUAAAAAUAUAAAAUGCAUAGACUGCAGAGAAAAAAUGUUAACCGACAAGGAAAUGAAUGUUGACGUAAAUUGCCAGUUUAUAAGAAAUUGCAAUAGGGGUGGGUUACUUUAUCCAUCAGAAUUCAUUACCAAUGUUGUCCUUCAUGUUUAUAUAGUGACCCAAAAUUUAAUCAGUGAGAAGUAUGAACUUCAAUUUUUAAAAGUUAUAAACCAACGAAACUUGGUGAUGAAGAUAGUGAAAAACAUAUUAAUUGGUAAAGAUAUGUGGGAUUUCCCAGUGUUCUGUUCUGGAUGA